AUGAAUGAGGCGGCCGCGUGCCGGGUGGAUUGGCAGCUGUCACCUUUUCUCCGAGGCUUCUGCGAGGCGCCUUUUGCAGCCGAGAUCAAUGAGUUCAUCCAGACGCACGCGUCGGCCUUUCGGGAGUCCAACCUUGAUGGCUCGCAUCCGCUUCGCUGGACGGAGCUUCACAAAGAGUACGCGGCGCUUUUCGAGCGCCAGCUGCAGGCGGUCGUGCAGGAGGAGGGCUUCAGUCUUGAGGACUUCCGAGAUCAUAUUGCAGAACUUCGGGAGUUUGCGGCGCAGCGCGCGCCCGAAGAGUACCUCCCAGGAUGUGAGCCUAGCUUCAUCCCCCCUGGCAAAGGCAUUCGCGUGGAGGAGUUCUGGGACUUUCUGGAAGCACUCACUGCUUCAAAGAAUUUCGAGAGCUUCAAAGAGGUCAUGUGCGCAGCUGCCCGGCGGCCAAAGAAGUCGCCUGAGGCGUGCGGUUACACUCGCUCCCCUGCCGCGGAGGAGGGCUCCGGUUAUCGGCCCUCGCAGCCUCCAGAUGUCGAUGAGCUUGGCACGCCGCUGGAGCCUCCGCCUCCGCCUCCGGAUUGA